CCUCGGCGCACGUAUCCACACUUCGGCUCGCGCGACGAGACACGUGCCAGCAUUUUUCUUGGUUCUUUCGUUUUCGCACACGAGUGCCUUCCGUGGGUGCCUUAUUUUUUUGAAUAAUCUUCGCUUCAGACAUGGGAAGUGCAACGGAACCCUUGCCUCCUCGGGAGCAUCGCAAGAUCCGGAAACCGCUCAUGGAGAAGCGUCGACGAGCUCGGAUCAACACAUGCCUGGACGAACUCAAGGAUAUGCUCCUCGAAGGGAAGGUCAUAAAGGCUCAGGGACCGAAGCCGAUGAAGUUGGAGAAGGCGGACAUCCUCGAGCUGACGGUGCAGCACGUUCGAGAUCUGCAAGAGGAGUGCAAGAGUCAGGAGAACGGAUUCGUGAAAUACGAGGCCGGAUUCCGGGAAUGCCUGAGCGAGGUGACGAAAUGCGUCGGAGGGAUGACCGAUCUCGAGGGGGGCACGAGGGCCCGCCUCCUGUCGCACCUCGCCGCCUGCGCCCGCAAGCUCCGACCCUUCGGCGACACCAACCUCGGCGUCGUCGAGAAACAGCUCCUCCAGAAGGAGACCAACAAGGGGAAAAGUUUCCCGUUUCCCGUCUAUCACCAGAGCCAUCUGCAGGAGAGGAAUCGUCCGACGCGAAAUCCGAAAUCCGAACCCGUUUCCCCGCCCCUCUGUUCUCCUGCCGAUCUUUGGAGACCUUGGUGAAAAUGCUCAUCCGUUGUCUGGUCUUAUGUGAUUACGGUCCUGUGAUAUCCGAGCC